GGGUCUCUCCGAGGGGGGAAAGCGAGGGAAGAGACGCAGUCAAAAUACGAGGAGGAGGAGGGGGGCUCUUGUGUUUCACAUCAGAGGAGCAGCAGGAGGAGGAAAAAAAAAAACGUCCUGAAAGCGGAGGAUAAGGUGUCGGAUACCAAAAGCGGAGGGAAAAAACAGAAGAGCCGCUUCUCUCGUAUCGGAAAAUGGAGCUACCCGCCGCGGGAGAGCACGUCUUUGCGGUGGAGAGCAUCGAGAAGAAGCGCAGCAGAAAGGGGAGAGUCGAGUAUCUGGUCAAGUGGCGAGGAUGGUCUCCAAAAUACAACACGUGGGAACCAGAGGAAAACAUCCUGGACCCAAGACUGCUUGAUGCUUUCCAAGAUAGGGAACGUCAAGAGCAGCUGAUGGGAUAUCGCAAGAGAGGACCCAAGCCGAAGCACCUUCUGGUUCAGGUUCCUUCUUUCGCCCGGAGAUCCAGCAUUCUGGCUGACCUUCAUGAGGCGUCCCUGGACGAGGGAAGCUGUCAGAAGACCAGCCCCAUUCAGAUGCUCCGUCCCCAGGGCCAGCAGUACCAGCUGAACAGCAAGAAGCACCACCAGUACCAGCCACUGUGCAGGGAGCGGGAGGCCGAGCAGCAGGCCAACGGCAAGAAGUUCUACUAUCAGCUAAACAGCAAGAAGCAUCACCACUACCAACCGGACCUCAAGGUGCAUGAGCCCAUAUUUGCUAAACCCAGAGAGGUCAAGGCUCCAGAGCUGGCCAACAAGGGGUACAACCUUCCCCCGGUGCUGCAGCAAAAGUGGGUCAGGGACAAGGACUCAGGCUGCCUUACCAAAGUCAAGGAUAUCACCAUGGAGCUGAAGAAGCUUCCAGCAGACCUCAAUGGCCACAAAGAGCCAGAGAAGGUCAAACCUAAAGAGGAUGCUUUACCACAGUCGAAUGGUGUCAGCAACGGCAAGCUAAAGAUCGUAAAGAACAAAAACAAGAAUGGGCGGAUUGUUAUUGUCAUGAGCAAGUACAUGGAAAACGGAAUGCAAGCGGCUAAGAUUAAAAACGGGGAUUCUGAAACAGCUGAAAAGCCGCCGCAGGGGACGGACAGCACCACGGAGAACCACCUUGAGAAGAUGAGACUCGUCAAGAAGCUCGGCCUCAUGAAUGGAUUUGCAAAAAACCCCAAAGCUAAACAAACUGUUCCCAGUUCUGGAUUUAACGGAGAUUGCCGCAAAGAAAAGGAACAGUCCCCCAAAAUGGAGCCAACUGUGACGGAGCAGGAUAAACAUAUCGGGGUCAGGGGUCAGGGGCAGCUUCCAGCGGAUCAGCCUUUACAAUUGACAACCAAGCCUAAUCUGCUCUCCCUGCCUUUGGAUAGGGGAGUUCCCUCCCCACUUGACAAAAGAGGAAGCCAAGGUGGAUUUCAAGGACUAAAGCGACACUUCUCUGACACGGAUAGUGAGGAGCACAGGAGCAGUAAGAGGUUUUUUAGCUCCAGGAGUAUCAGCGCUCCUAACACGGCAUCUUCACCCACCCAAAGCAUCAGCACCCACCAAAACGGACUCCAGAGUCACAUUGGACUGCAGGACUGUGGCUAUGCAGACCAAGAGGAACCUAUGGACUUGAGCAUUGUCAAGUCCAGGCCUAAAGCUACCCAGGCUGAAGCACACACACAGGCUGAAGCACACACACAGGAUGAAACACACACACGGGAUGAAGCAGACACACAAGCUGAAACACAAACGGACGCACAGACAGACACUCUGCCCCAGACUGAAACAGAAAAAGCUACAGAGGAGGAGAAGGUUGAUUCAUCACCUGUUUCUAACCACGAAAAGAGAAAGGAGGUGACAUUUCCCUCUUUCCAGCCUUUCCUUGGGAAUAUAGUGAUCACAGACAUUACUACAAAUUGCCUCACAGUCACGUUUAAGGAAUACAUAACAGUGUAACUGAAGUGGGGACCAGCUGUGUAACUGUAUAAAUGUAUAUUACAUAUAUUUGUAUUUUCAGAUUAUUGAAUGUACAAAUGAACCCUUGAUGUUGUUUUCAUUUUGUAUAGUUCAGUUUAAAAAAAAUCCUUUAUUGCGUUAUUUGCAAAUUUCUUCUCAUAAGCUCUACCUGUUGUUACUUCUGGAGAUUUUAUCACAUGCAGUAUCUAAUUUCAGCUAUUUCAAACCUAGUUUAAAAAGUAAAAUUAGGUCUAAGAAAUGCCAGAACUUUAAUUGAAGAUGCACUUAACUCUUGUACAUACUCUUCACUUUUCUAUGGAUGUACUUUCAUUAUACACUCAACUGUCUGCAUAAGAUAAUGUUCAACUAAUGUAGGCUUUAUGGAGAGUUUUGUAAGGAAGACAAAUUAUAUUGAAACAUGGUAAAUUACACUGUGUGUGUGUGUGUGUGUGUGUGUGUGUGCUUGUGUGUGAGAGAGUGUGUGUGAACAGAUGGACAGAUUUAAACAAGGAUGCAUGCUGUUUGGACAGAUUAUGCCAUUAGGCAUGCUUAAACAAGCAGAUAAAGAAAAAUGAAGCGCCUUUCUGUCAAUAAAUGUGAUUUGCAUUGUGGAAAAGGGAACACAGAAAGGUUUUUAAAUGAAAGAUUAUUAAUGUUUGAUAUAUGCUCCUUUUAUUUGAUAUCUGUGCAAAGUGUUUUUUGAGCCAUGCAUCUCGAGAUCUGAUACUGAGCACAAGUCACUUCCAUUAAGACAGUCAAUUUACAACUUUGUGACUGUUCAUUCUGUGUUUCGCAGCAGUGUGGUGACUGAAAAUUGCUUUUUUAAAAUUUUGAAUUAUAUCAAUCACAAAUCUGUGUUAACACUGCCAGUUGAGCUGUGUAAUCCAACAGAUUAGUACCACCAGCUGGGUGCUCUAUGAAUCACUUUUUCAUGUUUCCGUUCUCUGGCACCCUGACAUGUUUGCUGUUAUGUAUGGAAUUGAAUGGGCUUGUUUCUGUCACAUUUUGAGUAACUUUUGCAACAAAGCGGUAAUUGAAAGUACGUAAAAGCACACAUUGUUGUCAUAAUCAGAUCCGUCCCCUUGUGUCACACAUGCCCCUUCUCCCUCUUUAGAAACCCCCUCCAGCACUUUGUGAUCUGAGGUGCAUUGAACUGCUCUGUGAGGAUGCUGACCGGAUUUGCACUUUUGAUGUUUUGUGUGCAGACUAAAAAAAUGAAGGCUUCCAAUGAUACAUUUUGCAAUAAUAAAAUUGUUUGC